AUGUGCUCUGCAGAGCAGCAGGGCUGUGGAGGAAAGGUCCAUCCCAGGUGUCUCCCGUUCCUACGUGAACGCACUCCCGAUGAGACUGAGGUUGGUGAAGGCUACCACCUGCUGGCAGUGACAGGGGGCUUCCUCAUCUUCUACAACUGCCGAAUACACUGGCACCCCUCACUGACUGCCAAACCCACCAUUGACAUCCUGUCUGCUGAGAUCCAUCAGGCGCAGGCUUUGCAAACCCGUUGCAGGCUCGUGUCUGUCUGCUACACCCUUCUGGACUGGAGAUAUUUCUGGGGUCUGGGGAGCAUCAUGACGAAUGAGAUCUUGUACUUGGCGAAGAUCCACCCAUUAUCACAAGGGUCCCUCUUGGCUCCCUCAGAUCUCGAUGCCUUGCUUCAUCAUGCCAUUCAGUUCAGCACCCACUGGCUGCAUAAGAAACUGCACGGGAAAGGAUUACACCCUCUGAUCUACCAGAAGGAGCAAUGUCCUCUUGGGCACAUGGUGAGGAAGGGAACUCCUGGUCCCCUACAUUACCUUCAGAGACUUACCUGGUGGUGCCCUCAGUGCCAGCCUCAUAUGCCAGCAGAAAGCAAAGGUCAUCCUCCUAUGCAUACCACUACAUCUUCCAUCCUUUAA